AUGAAGUCUGCUGUUUCUCUUGUACUUGCUUUGACGGCUUUGGCUAGUCAGAGCUCUGCCCAUUAUAUCUUCGAGCAAUUUACGCAUGGAGGGACUCUCUAUCCUGUCUAUCAGUACAUCCGACCAAACACGAAUAUGAACUCGCCUGUUAUUGAUUUGACAUCGACUGAUACGCGAUGUAAUGUUGGCGCAAACGGGUCUGCUACCGAUACCAUUACAGUGGCAGCUGGAGAUGCGUUUAGUUUCACUUCGGACGUUGCUGUGUACCAUGACGGGCCUCUGUCAAUCUAUAUGGCCAAAGCUCCUGCUGCUGCAAAAGACUUUGAUGGAUCCGGUCAGGUCUGGUUCAAGAUUCUCGAUAUAGGUCCUACCUUUGACUCGAGCGGAACUGCGACAUGGAACCUUGCCCAAACAUACACAUACAACAUCCCCACCGCCCUUCCAAGCGGUGACUACAUCCUGCGUAUCCAACAGCUCGCCAUCCAUAACCCGUACCCGGCCGGCAUUCCGCAAUUCUACAUCGAGUGCGCGCAGAUCACCGUGACAGGUGGAGGAACAGGGAUACCGAGCCCGCUUGUCUCGAUUCCCGGGUGGAUCGAUGGCACGGAACCGGGGUAUGUGGUUAAUAUCUAUAACGACUUCCAUAACUAUACUGUCCCGGGACCUGCUGUGUGGGCAGGUCAAAAUGCAUGA